AUGAUAGCAAACCGCAUUAUCGCAUGCGUCGGUGACCGAUUCCCUCGGGAACAGGUCGCUCUUCGGCGUGGGAUAUGGGGAUGCACUCAUGCGCACAUACUGGAUCUAGUAUGCAGAGAUGCUAUUAAGCAUCACCGGGAGUUACACAUGCUUUGGGUGGAUAUGACCAAAGCGUUUGACUCCGUGUCUCACGGCGCUAUACGCUGGACAUUAAAGCAAUGGGAUAUACCAUUGAAUAUCCAGAGAAUACUCUGGAGAAUUAUGUCCAAGCAAAGCGUCAGGUACUGUGGCUUUAAGAGCGGUAAGGCUGUGGUGAGUAGCCCUCUUGAGAUCAGGAAUGGUCUCAUGCAAGGUGAUACCCUCAGUCCUUUGCUGUUUUGCAUGGCCAUAGCGCCUAUCUCAGGUUGGUUGCGCUCAAAUAUCGAGUCGUACAAGACCAGUACUGGCAAUUCCGCCAGAUCAGAAGGUAGCCUUGAGGUAGGACAUAUAUUCUAUAUGGAUGACCUCAAAGUCUACACUACAAGCUGGGACGACCUGGCGAAAGCCAAGGCUGGAAUCCAGAAAGUAGCAAAACAGCUGGGGCUGAGGAUGAAUCCGAGCAAAUGCGCGGUGAAAUCACUCAAUACAGCUAAGGAGGAGCAGAUUGAAAUGGGAGAAAUCCCAAUUCUAGGAUCUAACUCCUUCUAUAAAUACCUGGGCGCAGAACAAGGUACACUUGUUUCCAUGGGGCAAUUAUGGUCCCGUGUCCAGAGUAACGCUUGGGAAACUGCCGUGCGAAUUAUGAACAGUGACCUCACUGUUCGGCAAAAGGUUAAUGGGUUCAACCUUACAGUAAUUCCCAAGAUAAAGUAUGCGGCAUCUUGUGUCGUUUUUGGUGCGGGGCGUCUCGUCUCAUUCCGGAAACAAGCACGAGAUUUCGACAUACGCGUACGGAAGCUGUUAGAAGAAUCUCAUAUGAGAUUUGGAUACAGCUGUGUUCGCAAGACUGUACGUCUAGGAAAGAAGAUGGGGGCCUUGGGAUUCAAGAGCUGCGGAAGAGGAGGUAGAACACACCAUUCGUUUAUACAUGGUGCUACCUCGCCUCUAAUCCAGACUUUAUAG